CGGCGGGCAGCGCGCGCGCGGCCGUUGAUGCUGAAGCGAUGGCGGCGAAGGGGCCCGCGGCGGCGAUGGGGGCCGCGGCGUGUUUGCUGGACUUGCCCGCAGAGUGCGACCGGCGUCUGGCCCAGUUCCUGCGGCAGGUGGAUGAGACAGAUAUGCUGUGGCUGGAUGAGAUCUGUGAGGAGGCGGUCAGGAUGUUUGUCAGCGACUACAACGAGGAGCUCGAACUGAUGCCCAAGACACCGUCACAGAAGAAACGGCAGCGGAGGAAGCGGCCGUCGGUCGUGCAGAAAGAAGAGCAGGAGUCCGGCAGGAAGCGGCUCUGCGGGAGGAGGAGCAGCAGCCUCAARCUGGUGGCUUCUGUGCGAUAUUCUCAGCGACUCCGGAACAAAAAAAACCUGGAACUCAGCAGGGCUGAGGCCAAAGAAGACUCUCCACCACAGCGUGUGACACGAUCCCGGGCUACAGCCUCUGCUAGAAACCCCAAGGUGGUUCCUGAGACCCCUCCUGCCCCACAGGCAGCAGAGAAAGAUCCCUGGGUGGAAGCUGACCACACUGACACCGCUGAGCCUCUCCGGAGGAGUGGAGUGGAGCUGGCAGAGGUGCUCCCCACGAGCUUGGGGAAUGGCUCUCCCAAGGAGCGUGAUGUUCCCAAAUCRCCGCUGGUGCCCACAGUCCCUGAGCUGGUGGUGCCCUGUACUCCCGAGGCCAGCCAGGCUGUACCCAAGCUGCAGACAGCAAAGGCGGCCAAUGUCACCAUCACCCUGAGCACAGAGGCUGAGCUGGAGGAGGAGGAUGGCUCCCCUCAGGAACACAACCGGACCAAAGAGCCCUCCCAGCCCCUGAGGGACAGCCCGGGGACUCCGACUGGCAGCCGGCGCAGCCGCCGCUCUGUGCGCCGGAGCCUGAUCGGGAAAACCUCCCUGAGCCGCAGAACCUCCCUGGCAGAGAAAUACUCCCUGGCCAGCAAGAGGGAGAGCAUGGUCCGGACAUCCAUCGCUAAGGCAGCAAGCAAGAAAGCGGCGGCUCGGAAGAGAACCGUGUCCUCCAGCUCCAUGGAUGCCUCAAGCUCCACAAGUGUGCCAGAAAAUGAGGAAACGGUUGUCAAAACCGGGCCUCUUCCUGAACCUUCCACCCCCUCCAAGCUGGAUGUCCAAAGCCGUCGGAUGUCCCUUCGCUCCCACACAGCCAGCAAACAUGGGCAGCCCCAGGAGCCAAGCAGCAGUGAAAACAACUUAAAUAGGAAUGGAGAGACCCUAGAUCCACCCCAGAGUGCCAGGAGGAAGCCAAGCUACAAGAGAGCCGUGGACGAGCGCUAUGACCACCAGCAGGCAGAGGAGGGAGGGCUGUCUCCUCUCAGGAGGAAGACUCCAUCCCCAGUCCUCCCAGCCAGCAAGGUGGUGCGCCCGUUCAAAACGUUCCUGCACACCGUGCAGAAGAAUCAGCUCCUCAUGACACCAAGCUCUGUGGGGAGGAAUGGAGUCAUCAAAUCCUUCAUCAGGUACAACACCCCUCUCCAGGCUGAUCCCAAGGAAAAGGAGAGGCAGAAGCUAGAGACUCUGCGGAAAAAGCAAGAAGCUGAGCAGCUGAGAAGGCAAAAGCUGGAGGAGGAGAAGAAACGGCGACUUGAAGAGGCAAAGCUGAAGCGCGAGGAGCGCCAGCGCAAAGCGCUGCAAGCCCGGGAGCGGGUGGAGGAGAUCGAGAAGGAGAGGAAGAGGAGGAUUGAGCAGAAGAUUGCACUGUUUGAUGAGAAGACCGAGAAGGUACGGGAAGAGAGGCUGGCAGAGGAGAAGAUCAAGAAGAGAGUGGCUGCCAGGAAGAUGGAGGAAGCUGAGGCCCGGCGCAGACAAGAAGAGGAGGCMAGGAGACAAAGAGCUCUGCAGCAGGAGGAGGAGGAGGAGCGGCGGCACCGGGAGCUGAUGCAGAAGAAGAGAGAAGAGGAGCAGGAGCGUGCCAARAAGAUGGCUGAGCAGAGGCAGGCAGAACAGGAGCGGGAGAGACAGCUGGCUGCAGAGAGAGARCUGGAAAGGAAGAGGGAGCAGGAACGGAUCCAGGCAGAAAAGCUCCGGGAGCAGCAGAACGCUGCCCGCCUGCAGAAGGAAGCAGAGGCUGCGAAGGAGCGGCUCCGUAGGGAGAGGGAGAAGGAGAAGGAGCGGGAGCAGCAGAUGCUGGCAGAGAAGAAGAGGCAGGAGGAAGAGCAGAAGAAACUGUCAGAGGAGCAAAAAGCCAAAGAAAACGCCCGGGGACCACUCCUGGAGAACAAGGAGAAUUCCCCRGUCUGCAACUCAUAUGAGAUGACUCCUCAGAGCAGGAAGGAUUUCAAGCCGGCUGUGACAAACUCGAACGACUACGGGAUGGACCUGAACAGCGACGACUCGACGGAUGACGARAGCCAGCCACGCAAGCCUGUCCCUGCCUGGGCCACUGGGAAUGAGCUCAGCCAGGCUGUGAUCCGGCAGUACUACAACCCCCCUGACGUGGAYGCGCUGUUUGGGGCCAUCCCCAGCCCCAAGCUCGAGGAUAUCUUCUACAAGARCAAACCCCGCUACUUCAAGCGCACGAGCUCRGCCGUGUGGCACUCCCCGCCCACCGUGGGAGCCAAGCCGGCCCUGGGGCUGCCCUCUGGCCUCAAGAAGCCCUGAGAUGAGGACAGGUGUACAGCAGRUGUUCCUUCCUGUUUCCAGGUGAGGAAGGAGUCACUCUUCAUUUUARGUAUUUAGGUUCUAGAGUUGAAUAAAUGGGAGCUCUUCCUGGGCUCCUGUGCCUCAGUUUGUGGGGCUGGUUUCAGUCAGGCCAAUCCACGAGGAACUGUCCUGGGAAGUGCCUCUCUCUUACCCUUAGCUUGGAGCCAGCAUGGACUCAGACCUUCAGUGGGUGACGGGUGUCACCUGAAGCUGUGGGAUCCUCCCUCUCYGCCACGCACGCCUGGCAGUACCCUCGGUCAGUUGUACGUCUGUGUUGCCCUCAGGGCUGGUGACAGCCAGGGACAGGGACCAGUAGCAGGGCACAGUCUGGCCUGCUCACAGCUCUUCUCAGGAAGGCCUUCCCAGGUGUGCUCAUCUCCUGCAAUCCCAAAGGGAUUCAUUGCUCCAUUUUCCACCUGUGUGGUGGCAUCCCUCAGCCGGGCACAGCUGGUGUUGGCACAGCUGGAACAAGGCUGGAACACACUAAAAGUGUCAGUGACCUGUCAGCUCUGGAGAGAUGUGAGCACAGGUGUGACCAUGUCCCCAAGGACCCACAAGUGUGUGAGCCAGCUCUGGGCCUYGAUAGAAGAAACUCUGCAAGGGUUCUGGCACACUUUUGUUUCUCAGUGGAAUUCCAUCUCUGAGGCCAGAUGGGAUUGAGAGGAUGUGUUUAACCUUYAAUCCCUCUUGUUCACCUUUGGCUGUGGCACAGCAUCAGCUCGUUGUGUCUCUUGGCAUAUUUAGCACUUCCUGUUCAGUGAGUCGCCRUUAACUGGACUCUGGCCAACCCAGUUCCACCAAACCAAAAAUUCCAGCUCAACCUUCCCAUUCCAGGAGCCCAUGGUGGUUUAGUCAUUCCUUCUGCACCCAGCCUUGUCCUGUAAAAUCCCUGUAGAGACUGCUCUGUGUGAGGGGAUGUGAUCCUGUCUAUCCGUAGCCAAUGCACUGUUUGCCAGCAAAUACUCUUCAAAAGAUAUGGGGUUUGUAUUUAAAUGCAGUGGUGUCUGUAUUUGUGGGGUGUCUGUAUUCUGGGGCUGCUCUGUAUAUCCAGAUCUGUAUCUGUGGAGAGUCUGUGCUUCUGGAGGUGCUCUGUAGAUCAGGCCUGGCUGCUGCUCUCUGCACCCAUGGGGUGCCUGUGUUCCCAUGGCUAUCCUGCGCAUCCAGGUCUGUAUUCGCGCGACCGCAAUUUUUUGUACAGAAGUUUCUUAUACAAAAGUUUCUUGUACAAAAGUUUCUUGUACAAAAGUUUCUGACACUGUUGGAUAAAGUGAUUUUA